AUGCCGUCGCUGUCGCUGUCGCUGUCCCUCCGACACCCGUACCCCAUGCUAGACUCGUCGCACGCGUAUCCCCCUCUCAUCGACGACGUGCUCGGCGCGGCCGCUUCGUCUGCCGACGUGCUGCUCACGUUUCCCCUCGCGAAGCGGUACGCCCUCGACGUGGUGCAGAAGCGGCUUGGCGCACACGUCGUGAUGCGCCCAUCGGCGGCGUGCGAGAGCGACGGCGCCGCCGUCAGCGGUAACGCUUUCCGGACCGACAAGCACGCAUGGGCCAACGCCAAGCUGUCCCCACUGUGGGCCGACACGGCCGUGCUCGACGUCGUCGGCGACGUGCCCGUGCCGCCUAUCUGCCCGCGCGUCCUCCGCCUCGUGCCAGAUGAAAGCGGCCUCGCAUCACCAACGACCCCGGCCCGCGUCCUCGUCGUCCACUCGCGCCCAGACUGGGACGCGCACGAGGGCACGCGGACGCUGCACAUCCCGCCCGGCGUCGACAAGCUCGUCCUCAACUGCGUCUACCACGCCGGCCAGCUCAGCCCGUCGCUGCUGGGCCUGUCGGCCAACUGGUCAGCCGUGCGCAACGUCGUGCUGCGGUUCGAGCCCGCCGGGCCAUUCUGGCCGACGCCAGACCCGUCCGGGCACGCGCACAAGGCCGGGCUCCACCGCCUCGCGCUCCUCAACCGCCUCGUCAGCAACCUCCUCGCCCUCGGCACGAGCGUCACCCUCGUCGACUUGCACACCGUCCCGCACCUGUGGCUCGGCUUGUCACCCGCCGACGGCGGCUUCACCCUCGACUGGCUCACAGCAAAGGGCCGCGGCCUGAGCAUCAUUACGUCGGACGCAUACGCCGACGAGUAUGGCGACGACGCCGAGCUCGAAACCACCAGCUGGGAGUAUGCGCUCGACGAGGCAGAAGGUUACGACGACGACGAGUAG